GGGUGUGCGCGGCUGUACACGCAUUAACCUCGGAAAAAAAUAUCGCAUGACGUCUGCAGCCAGCCGCCAGCGCAUCAGCGCAGUAAUAUAUACCUAUAGCGCGCGAAUAUAAUAAUAUGCGUGAUAAAUCAGUUAUAGGUUUGAAUAAACCUGAAUUAUCAACGGCUGUUGCUCUUUUUCCAUUUUCAAAAUGAUCGAUCACGUAUACCCGCAUAAGUAAACUUCGCUGAAAAGUGAAGAAUGAAUGUUUUGGUUGGCGGCGUUGUGUUUAGGUUAUGCAGUCGUGAACUCGCGAGUUUCACGCACUUGUUAUAAUGGUACAAUUUGGCUAAGUACGAUUCUUCGCGAAGUUUGUCAGCUUGUCUCAUCGGCUCAUCACGAGAUAAGAAAAGCAGAUAUCUGGAUAACGUGUACUCAAUCUUCGGAGAGUGUCACCCGCUCGUCUCUGCCCGAUAGGAUAUCUAAAAUCUGCACGAUACUAACACACGAGAGCCGCGCAGCCAAAUAACUUAUAACCUCAAAAUUUUUAUUCGACGCACGGAUUGGCCGCGACAGUAUAUUGAAUUUCAUCUAUUUCUCGACAAUCUGUUGAGGACUGUUGGGGCUUGUAGCUCUUGGAUCUCAGCUUAGCGUGUAUAUAUAUUUUAGCUGUUAGCUGUCAGCGUGAAAAUAAAAAUGACCGGAUAUCGAGAUAUUUGUUUACCUUUGAUCUGUUUCUACUUUAUGUUUAACUUAACUUACGGAGAAAAAAUGCCGUCGGACGUGGUACUGGAAAGAUUGCAGCAGUCGUCUUCCUCCUCAGAUAGAGUGGAUAGCGUAACACCAAUGAGUGCACUGGAGAACUUGGGAUUUCUUCAUGCAUUUCUAGCAUCGCUAUCGGUCAUAGUAGUUUCUGAAUUGGGUGACAAAACAUUUUUCAUUGCUGCUAUUAUGGCCAUGAGACACCCUAGACUUACAGUAUUUGCUGGAGCAAUAAGUGCACUCGCAGUCAUGACUGUUUUAUCAGUUAUAUUUGGUUAUGCUGCUACAAUUAUUCCUAGAGCUUAUACGUAUUAUAUCUCAACUGCCCUGUUUGCUUUGUUUGGUUUGAAAAUGUUAAGAGAUGGAUAUUACAUGUCUCCAAACGAAGGGCAAGAAGAGCUCGAAGAAGUACAAUCUGAUUUAAGAAAACGAGAGGAUGAAUUUGAAAAAGAAACUAGUACCACUCUUGUCCAAGAUCCUGAGACUGGGGUCAUAAGGAAAAGUCAGAAAACAAGUGCUUUUAUGCUACUUUCAAGAAUAUUUCUACAAGCAUUUUCUCUGACAUUUCUAGCCGAAUGGGGUGAUCGUUCCCAGAUAACAACAAUCAUUCUUGCUGCCCGUGAGGAUGUCUAUGGUGUUGUGAUUGGUGGAGUUUUAGGGCAUUCAUUUUGCACAGGUUUAGCAGUACUUGGAGGUCGUAUGAUUGCACAAAGGAUAUCAGUCAGAACAGUUACAAUCAUUGGAGGAGUUGUCUUCUUAAUCUUUGCACUGACAGCUUUAUUUGUUAAACCUACAGAUACCAUUUAAUAGAAUCAACGUGUCUCCUAAUGCUAAAUACAUAGAUAAUUGUACAGUAUCAUUCAUCUAUACAGUAUUAUAAAUACUUGAUUAAAUUUUUAAUCAAGUCAUCAACACCUUUUUACUUAUACUUGGUGCUAAAGGUGAGUCUAUCGGGAAACAAAGAAAAUAAAAUAGUUAAUGUUUUAUUUUAAUCAUACAUAUUAUUUUAUUAUACUUAUACAAAUGUGAAAUGGUGUUGAUGCGAUUUGUAAUACUGAUAAAUUUCCGAUUUGAGGUUUAUUUUUAUCAAUGAUUAAUACUAUGUAUUUUUUGUACAUAAUGCCAUAAUACAUAAGGUUGAUUCUUUAAUCUGGCAUGAAUAUCAUGUCAACAUCAUAAUUAAGAAAUAAUCUUCUCAACCUGUGCAGUUGGUUGUCUAGACUUUAAUAAUAUAUGAAAACUUGAUUCCUCUGUACAAUAAAAAAAAUGUAGGGAUCAGAAUGUAUGUAUUUUUAGUCACAAUUUUUGUGACUUUUUUAAAGCUUUGUAUAAAUUGUAAAAUUAUUCCAAUGAUAAUAGAUAAAAAAAAAGAUUAUAUCUUUACACUGAUUUUUUACAGUGUGUGAUUACUUGACACACCCUUGUUAGCUGUCUUCUUUUUUAUCAUGUAUACAUUUUUCACACCUAUAAUUUUCUAAAUCUAUUAAGAGUGAAGUGCUGUAGAAUAAUAUAAACUAAAAACUUAAACGUAUGAAAGUGUGCAUUGUACAUUUAACUGAAAAAACAUUUUUAAUUAUUUCUGUGAUAGAAAUUGAAUAAAAUUAUUUUUGAAUAUUAAAUAUAAAUGUAAGUUAAUUAUGCAAGUUGUACUUUGAAAUAUAGUUUACUGUAAGAUAUUUGUACUCCAAUCAAAAGUGCUGACAGUUAGAUAAAUGUAUUUUACAUAAUGAGCAAUAAAAAAUUAUUUAAUGAAAAUUUAUUUUUAGAAGAUAAUUUUAUUUUGAGCAUAUUUAUAUCGAUAUAUGUAUGUAACUGACACUUUUAUGACAUCACUUAUUAUAUAAUACAUUCUAUUAAUUAUAAUAUAAUUUACAGAUUUAAUACAAUAAAAUAAAACAUUUAUAUAAUUACAUUAAUCAACAUUCAUCGUACAUGAUUUGUUAUGUAUUUUUUUGUUGUACCUUAAAUUUUUCAUUUUCAUAUUUCAUAAUAAUAAUUAACUGCAGUCUUAAAAUUACACGUAGACGUGAUUUAAAAAAGGCUUAUUUAUUGAAGUUAUUUCUGUAUGCUCCAUAAAGUUAAUUAAUAAGUACCUACCACAUAGAUACUUAUACUAUGACUGAAAGGAUUAUUUCUUCAAACUAUUAAUUAUUAACAUUCAAUGGUUGUUCAAUGAUCAUGCUUUAAAUUUUUUCACUUCAAGCUUAUUUAUAAAUCCAUUUAUAAAUAUCACAAUAUUAAAAGUACAAAAUUUCAUUGAUAGCAAAUUUAAACCUAAAUUUUAUUAAUAUUGACUUUAACAAUUAAUAUUUUUAGGAAAUAUUACUUUUCUUGUUUAGAAAUGGAUUCAGUUCAAAUAUUAAUUUCAUUUUCUGUUAAGUGAAAGAAGGCAGUAUUUUUAACUAUAUUUUAAUAAAAUACUGAUAAAAAAUGAAGCCAUUAAAAACUAGUAUGUUAGUAGAAAUUAGUAUGUAUCAUUAUUAUACUUCUUUGGUUAUUUAAAAAAUUUUAGUUCAUUAAUUUUUUUUUUCAUUUUCUGUAUUUAUAUGAAAAUGUAUAAAAUAAAUGAUGUUUGGUAUCCCUACAGUAUUUGUUUUACUGAAAAUUGAAAUUAAUUCUGGGACUAAAUCCAUUCUGUACUUAAAUAAUACAGUGGACUAAAAAAAAAA